AUCCUCUGGAAACUCUUUUUCGGUUUUCUAAGCCUUUCUAUUUUUCUAUAUCUCUCUCAUCUACAGUAUUUCUCUCUUCCCUCUCUCUCUUUUUUUUUUGCCGGUAAACCACUUUUUUUUACCGGAAAGCCGAUUUAUCCGGCGAUAUUUUACCCUGUAUCGCCGGAAACUGUUAGUUCAUCCUUUGUUGAUAAUUUGAAUGUGUUUUUACUAUUUCUUCUGGCUUAUGUGUUGAAGAAUUGGAUCUCUGUGUUUGCUUACGUUUCUUCGUUUCUGGAGAGAAUGUGGUUGGCGUUUGAGGUUUGGCUUUGAUCGUUAAUGGAUAAGAUCGUGAUCUAGUCUUUGCUUUGUGAAUUUCUUUCGCUUUUUCUUGUUUUUAUCCUUGUUUGUUCGGUGAGUUCAGAGAUAAAACGGAGACGUAUCGAGAACGGUUGCGGAAUGAAAUGGUGGAGGGAAGGGUAUGCUUGUCCAAAGAGGCUAAAAUUGCCUUAGAAUUUCUGAAACGUAAAAGACUUCAGCGUGUAAAAUCAGAAACCAGUAGUGAGACUAUAGGUGUCUCAAAUAUGAUGACAAGAAGUGGAGGAGAUUCUUUAAAAGCUUCAGUAUCAUGUGGAAUUAGAUUACACGGUUAUGCAGAUUCAUUUCCUAGAUCAAGUGACAAGUCAAGUGGGAAGGAUAUCUUUUCAAAGCGCAAGGUGGACAAGUUUGACACUAAUGAUCUAGAAUGGACAGAAAAAAUCCCAGAAUGUCCUGUGUACUGCCCAACAAAGGAUGAAUUUGAGGACCCUUUAAUUUAUUUACAGAAGAUAGCUCCAGAAGCCUCUCGUUAUGGUAUAUGCAAGAUUAUAUCUCCUGUGAGUGCUUCUGUUCCAGCUGGGAUUGUAUUGAUGAAGGAGAAAGUAGGAUUCAAGUUCACACCCAGAGUGCAACCUCUUCGACUUGCUGAAUGGGAUGCUGAGGACAAAGUUACCUUUUCCAUGAGUGGCAGAAAUUACACAUUUCGUGAUUUCGAGAAAAUGGCGAACAAGGUUUUUGCUCAUAGAUAUUGUAGUGCUGGUUGUCUUCCUGCCACGUACUUGGAAAAGGAAUUUUGGUAUGAAAUUGCUUGUGGAAAGACAGAAACUGUUGAAUAUGCAUGUGACGUUGAUGGUAGUGCCUUUUCAUCUUCUCCUAGUGAUCCGCUUGGAAAUAGCAAGUGGAAUUUGAAGAAACUUUCACGGCUACCCAAGUCCAUUUUGCGACUUUUGGACACAGUGAUUCCUGGAGUAACUGAUCCAAUGCUUUACAUUGGAAUGCUUUUUAGUAUGUUUGCCUGGCAUGUGGAAGAUCAUUAUUUGUAUAGCAUUAAUUAUCACCACUGUGGUGCAUCAAAAACUUGGUAUGGAAUUCCAGGUCAUGCGGCCUUAAAAUUUGAAAAGGUGGUCAGAGAACAUGUCUAUACCGAUGAUAUUCUGUCAACUGAUGGAGAGGAUGGAGCUUUUGAUGUACUCUUGGGAAAAACUACGCUCUUUCCUCCAAAUAUAUUAUUAGAGUGCAAUGUCCCAGUAUAUAAGGCUGUGCAAAAGCCUGGGGAGUUUAUUAUUACCUUUCCCAGAGCAUAUCAUGCUGGUUUCAGUCAUGGUUUCAAUUGUGGCGAGGCUGUGAACUUUGCAAUUGGAGAUUGGUUUCCUUUGGGGGCUGUAGCUAGCUGGCGUUAUGCACAUCUGAGGAGAGUGCCUCUGCUUCCUCAUGAAGAACUUCUAUGCAAGGAAGCAAUGCUUUUGUACAAUAGCUUAGUACUGGAAGACUCGGAUUACUCUUCUGCAGACCUGGUUUCUCAUGAUAACAUUAAGGUCUCAUUUGUGAGUCUGAUACGUUUCCUGCAUCGUUCUCGCUGGUCUGUUAUGAAAUCAGGUGUAUGCACUGGUGUUUUUCCAAAUAACCGGGGAACUAUUCUGUGUAGUCUCUGCAAACGUGAUUGUUAUGUUGCCUUCCUUAACUGUGGUUGUUACUUACAUCCUGUUUGCCUCCACCAUGAUGUUAAGCUGCUUGACUUAUCAUGUGGGAGAACUUUUACACUUUUCUUGAGGGAGGACAUAGCUGAAAUGGAGGCUGCAGCCAAAAAGUUUGAGCAGGAAAGAGUACUAGAGGAGGAUAAACAGGACGCUGAAAGGGGUGUUGACUUGUAUAAGUUGUAUUCUUUUCCAUCAUCAAACACGUUGCAUGGUGCUGAGGAUGGAUAUUCUCCUUAUUGUGGGAUAAACAUUGAACUGAACCCUGAGAAAUUUGAAAAAACUCAAGAUCACUCUGCAAGACUAGAGUUUAGCUGUAGCCAUGGCACUGAAGAUAUUAGAAAUGAACUUGCAGAAGCUUCCCUUUCUUUUGCUGCAUCGACUCUUUGUUCAUUUGCAAGUGAAAACUCAUGCAUGGCCAACAAUCAGGUAUGUCAGCAAGCUAAUUUUAAUCAGGGGAUUUUUGAUGCUAAAACAUCUGCUGAAGGAGUGUCACACACUAUAUAUGCAUCUUCUCUAUCGUCACCAAGCACCAUUGGCAACAAUCUUCAUGGAUCCAAUGUUAGAGCUGUGAUGGACCAUUGUAGUGAUGAUUCCGAUUCAGAGACAUUUAGGGUUAAGCGCCGUUCAUCAUUGAAAGUGGGGAAAAGAACUUUUAAUGAUGCUAUGUCAUCAAAGAAUUCAGAACAUCAGGGGUUGAAGCGAUUGAAGAAAGUCCAACCUAUAGGGCGGUGUGGUCAAGUAAAGCCAUUAGAGUGCUGCAGAUCUGAUGAAUUGAAACAUUCUGUAAGUCAUACUUUUAAUUGUAAAGAAACUUCAGAGAGUGCUGCAAUGGACAAUUUCGCCAGAGUUAGUGCCAUUCCUAUAUCUAUUAAAUAUAAGAAGCUGACUGAUGAGGAAGCAACGAGUAAACAGCAAGAAGACCACAGAAAUGACAGGUUCCAGCACGAUUCCAGAAAAACCUUGAGGGAAUCACCCCCUAUUGAUAUCGGACCCAAGCGUCUCAAAGUUAGAGGCCCGUCAUUUUUAGGAUCAGAUAGCGGCAGAUUGAAUUGAAAUUUAGAUUGCAGUGACUAAUGUGGUGCCUGACUUGCUAACUUCAUUUUCUCUAAUGGGGUUGAAACAACACGAAGACCAUACUGUACAAAAUUGAUUCUGAUAUUGGGAGCAGCGAGAAAAAUUAACAGAGUUUAGGAGAAUUUUAUUCUUUGUGCGGGGGUCUCGAAUUCGGGCAAUCUGCACUGAUGACAAUUCUUGGGGGUCUCAGGCCAGGGUGUUUUUUCGACUUUGGCAGAAGAACCUUCCAUCCUGCAAGGCUGAAAUUAGAAAUCGGGUUAGUAACUUUGAUGUAAAUUUGGUUUCUUUUUUUUAUGAUCAGUAUUAUUUUUGUCAAGUAAAGUGGGUAUUUUCCCGCUAAUCCAUUUGAUUUAAUACAGUAGAGUCUGCUGCUUCCUUGGCUAGGUUCUUUAUUCUUUUUGUGGCAAUGGACUAUUUGAAUAAUUGAAUAGAGAUGAAGUACCUUUUCUUGUC